GUGGGGCGCGACGUUUCGCGCCAAUUUCGGUUGGUCGGCCGCAGUCCGCCGCGCGGACGUUUUUUUGCUGACCGGGGAGUGAGAGCUCAGAGCCCGCCAAUCGCUGCUGUACGGUCCUCGGCAGCAAUGGCACUUAAGGACUACGUGCUCGAGAAAGAAAAAGUGAAGAAGUUCCUACAAGAGUUUUACCAGGAUGAAGAAUCUGGCAAGAAGCAGUUCAAGUAUGGGAACCAGUUGGUUCAACUGGCUCAUCGGGAGCAAGUGGCCAUGUACGUAGACCUAGAUGACAUUGCUGAGGAUGACCCUGAGCUGGUGGACUCAAUUUGUGAGAACACCAAGCGCUAUGCCAGGCUCUUCGCUGAUGCUGUUCAAGAGCUGCUGCCUCAAUACAAGGAGAGGGAGGUAGUAAAUAAAGAUGUUCUGGAUGUUUACAUUGAGCACCGGCUAAUGAUGGAACAGCGGAGCCGUGACCCGGGGGCAGCCCGAAGCCCUCAAAACCAGUACCCUCCUGAGCUCAUGCGCAGAUUUGAGCUGUAUUUUCAAGGCCCCAGCAGUAGCAAGCCUCGUGUGAUCCGGGAAGUACGGGCUGACUCUGUGGGGAAACUAGUAACAGUGCGUGGAAUUGUCACUCGUGUCUCUGAAGUCAAACCAAGAAUGGUGGUGGCCACUUACACUUGCGACCAGUGCGGGGCGGAAACCUACCAGCCGAUCCAAUCUCCUACUUUCAUGCCUCUGAUCAUGUGCCCGAGUCAGGAGUGCCAGACCAACCGCUCGGGAGGCCGACUGUACCUCCAGACUCGUGGCUCCAAAUUCAUCAAAUUCCAGGAGAUGAAGAUGCAGGAACAUAGCGACCAAGUGCCAGUGGGAAACAUCCCUCGCAGCAUCACGGUGCUGGUAGAAGGAGAGAACACAAGGAUUGCCCAGCCUGGGGACCAUGUCAGCGUUACCGGCAUCUUCCUGCCGAUCCUGCGCGCUGGGUUCCGACAGAUGGUCCAGGGUUUACUCUCAGAAACUUACCUGGAAGCCCAUCGGAUUGUGAAAAUGAGUAAGAGUGAGGAGGAUGAGUCUGCGGCCGGAGAGCUGAGCAGGGAGGAGCUGAGGCAAAUCGCAGAGGAGGAUUUCUAUGAAAAGUUGGCGGCCUCCAUCGCCCCAGAGAUAUACGGGCACGAAGAUGUGAAGAAGGCAUUGCUGCUCCUGCUUGUGGGAGGGGUGGACCAGUCUCCUCGAGGCAUGAAAAUCAGGGGCAACAUCAACAUCUGCCUGAUGGGGGACCCUGGUGUGGCCAAGUCUCAGCUCCUGUCUUACAUUGACCGCCUGGCCCCCCGCAGCCAGUACACGACAGGCCGUGGCUCCUCCGGGGUGGGCCUCACGGCAGCUGUGCUGAGAGACUCUGUGAGUGGCGAGCUGACCUUGGAGGGCGGGGCCCUGGUGCUGGCCGACCAGGGAGUGUGCUGCAUUGACGAGUUUGACAAGAUGGCAGAGGCCGACCGCACGGCCAUCCAUGAGGUCAUGGAGCAGCAGACCAUCUCCAUCGCCAAGGCGGGCAUUCUCACGACGCUCAAUGCCCGCUGCUCCAUCCUGGCUGCCGCCAACCCUGCCUACGGCCGCUACAACCCUCGCCGCAGCCUGGAGCAAAAUAUACAGCUUCCUGCAGCAUUGCUUUCCAGAUUUGACCUCCUCUGGCUGAUCCAGGACCGGCCCGACCGAGACAAUGACCUGAGGUUGGCCCAGCACAUCACCUACGUGCACCAGCACAGCCGGCAGCCCCCCGCCCAGUUUGAGCCUUUGGACAUGAAACUGAUGAGGCGGUACAUAGCUAUGUGCCGGGAGAAGCAGCCCGCGGUGCCAGAGUCUCUGGCCGACUACAUCACGGCGGCGUACGUGGAGAUGAGGCGAGAGGCUUGGGCCAGUAAGGACGCCACCUACACUUCGGCCCGGACUCUGCUGGCUAUCCUGCGACUAUCCACCGCUCUGGCACGUCUGCGAAUGGUGGACACUGUGGAGAAGGAAGAUGUGAAUGAAGCCAUACGGCUGAUGGAGAUGUCCAAGGACUCACUGCUGGGUGACAAGGGGCAGACAGCUAGGACCCAGAGACCAGCAGAUGUGAUAUUUGCCACAGUCCGUGAGUUGGUCUCGGAGGGCCAGAGUGUCCGGUUUUCCGAGGCAGAGCAGCGCUGCAUCUCUCGUGGCUUCACACCUGCUCAGUUCCAGGCGGCCCUGGAUGAGUAUGAGGAGCUCAACGUCUGGCAGGUCAACACUGCCCGGACACGGAUCACUUUUGUGUGAGUCCAGUCACUUGGACACUGGAUCUGCUCUGCAUAUUGUCCUGCCCGGCUUCCUUUGAUGGUCUGACAGUGCUCUUGAGGGGAAAUGAAGGUCCCCCUUUUUGCCCAAGCUGCACUUGUUUUACUCAUUCUUUUUCCUAAUAAACUGUGUGUCCAUUUGCUGCUUCUGUUCAAACAGGA